CCAACCGGAGCCUGGCCUUCCCAGCUGCGGAGGCGCCCGCUCAACCCUACUGCUUGAGGAUUGGUGGACUGGCGCGUAAGGGCUGGAAAUAGGAGGGGCCGCCGCCAUAUCCUCCAAUGGAAGGGAGACAGGGGCGGACUUAAUGACGGAAAAAGCAUGGCGUGGAGACAUCUGAAAAAGCGGGCCCAGGAUGCUGUGGUCAUCCUGGGGGGUGGAGGGUUUCUCUUCGCCUCCUACCUGAUGGCCACGGGGGAUGAGCGUUUCUAUGCUGAACACCUGAUGCCGGCUCUGCAGGGCCUGCUGGACCCAGAGUCAGCUCACAGACUGGCCGUUCGCUUCACUUCCCUGGGGCUCCUUCCACGGGCCACAUUUCAAGACUCUGACAUGCUGGAAGUGAGAGUUCUGGGCCAUAAAUUCCGAAAUCCAGUAGGAAUUGCUGCAGGAUUUGACAAGCAUGGAGAAGCUGUGGACGGACUUUAUAAGAUGGGCUUUGGUUUUGUUGAGAUAGGAAGUGUGACUCCAAAACCUCAGGAAGGAAACCCCAGACCCAGAGUCUUCCGCCUCCCUGAGGACCAAGCUGUCAUUAACAGGUAUGGAUUUAACAGUCACGGGCUCUCAGUGGUGGAACACAGGUUACGGGCCAGACAGCAGAAGCAGGCCAAGCUCACAGAAGGUGGACUGCCGCUGGGGGUCAACCUCGGGAAGAACAGGAACUCAGCGGACGCCGCGGCAGACUAUGCAGAAGGGGUGCGCGUGCUGGGUCCACUGGCCGACUACCUGGUGGUGAAUGUGUCCAGCCCCAACACUGCCGGGCUGCGGAGCCUUCAGGGAAAGGCCCAGCUGCGCCGCCUGCUGACCAAGGUGCUGCAGGAGAGGGAUGCCUUGCAGGGAGUGCACAGGCCGGCAGUGCUGGUGAAGAUCGCUCCUGACCUCACUGCCCAGGACAAGGAGGACAUUGCCAGUGUGGUCAAAGAGUUGGGCAUCGAUGGGCUGAUUGUCACAAACACCACUGUGAGUCGCCCUGCUGGCCUCCGGGGUGCCUUGCGCUCUGAAACAGGAGGGCUGAGCGGGAAGCCCCUCCGGGAUUUAUCAACUCAGACCAUUCGGGAGAUGUACGCACUCACCCAAGGCCGAGUUCCCAUAAUUGGGGUUGGUGGUGUGAGCAGCGGGCAGGACGCGCUGGAGAAGAUCCGGGCAGGGGCCUCCCUGGUGCAGCUGUACACAGCCCUCACCUUCUGGGGGCCACCCGUGGUGGGCAGAGUCAAGCGGGAACUGGAGGCCCUUCUGAAAGAGCAGGGCUUUGGCAGAGUCACAGAUGCCAUUGGAGCAGAUCAUCGGAGGUGAGGAUGGCAUCUGUCGGGAAACCUGAUCUGGAAUCUUCCCAAGGACUCAGGCAAGCCUCUGUGGCUGGAUCGUGAGAGGAGGAACUCUGUCUUGAGCCAUGUCCCCAAGCGGUGGCAUGGCGGCACCGUAAAUGCCAGUCGGGGUCACCAGGCUCAACUGUGGGCUUUCUUCAGUCCGUUGGUCAGAUCAUCAACUGCAUUUGUGAUUCUUUGUGGAUUCAAACCCUAGGAUCCGUCAGUAUUGCAAGGACAUUGAAUAUUAGGGGAAAGAAGUCAUGGAAAAAAUAAAGCCAUUUAGAACCUGGA